GUCAUAAGGGGUCAGGGGGUAAUGUUCGAUUUCUCUCUGAUAUAUCCUAUGCUUCUGGAUCUCCAGGACACCGUCAUGGGGAGCACAUUAGCCAAAUGCGCCGCUACCGACCUAGGCAUUCAGUGGGUUGGGUGGGCAGUCGCGUCCCUUUUUAAAACCGAAAAGUUUUACGAUUUAGCAGGAUCCGGCACUUUUAUAGCCUUGGCUCACCUGAGUCGUGUCUGGGGAGGGAGUGGACACCUGCGGCAGAACAUACAGACGGGCCUGGUUACAGCGUGGGGACUGAGGCUUGGAACUUUCCUCUUCCUGAGGAUUCUGAAGGAGGGACAAGACCGCAGGUUUAAUGGAGUCAGAGACAGCCCUGGGACAUUCUUUGUCUACUGGACUAUACAGGCUCUCUGGGUCUUCAUCACCUUGCUGCCCACGCUCAUUCUCAAUAGUGAAAGGAGGGAUGUUCCACUGGGGCCGAGAGACUACGUGGGCUGGGGCGUCUGGGGACUAGGAUUCGCCACAGAAGCCAUCGCAGACCAGCAGAAGUGGAACUUCAAACGCGACCCUGAUAACGCGGGCAAGUUCAUCCAGAGUGGCCUGUGGUCCUUGAGCCGCCACCCGAACUACUGUGGGGAGAUCCUGCAGUGGACUGGGCUGUUCGUGUCGGCCUCCUCGGUCAUGCGCGGGUACCAGAACCUCAGCGUGGUGUCCCCUCUGUUCCUGUGGUUCCUGCUGCGCUACGUCAGUGGAAUCCCCAUCCUGGAGAAACAGGGCAUGAAGAAGUGGGGAUCCGACCCCGCCUACCAGACCUACGUGCAGAACACUCCCCUCCUCUGGCCAUGGCCCAAGUUCUAGAACUGUUCCUUUGGUACAACAGUGAAGACCUGAUCCAUUAAAAAACAUUCUGAUGGAACAGUCAAUUAUGAAACAACUGACUCUGGACACAUUAUAAUAUACGUUUUUUUUUCUACGUAAAACUAUGAUGAUGCCAGAUUCUGACUCUGGACUCUGAAACAUGCCAUUACUACUUGCUCUGUGAAGUUGCCAUGUCUCAACUUUUAAGGACAUCAGUAUGUAUUUACUUGAUUACUUUAGAGAGUGAUUUACCCUGAUCUUGUAUUCCUUUUCAUUGAUUUUGGGCAGAUACCCGUACAAGGUGUGUGUGACAGGCAUGGCACCUUUUUGAAUGUGAAGAUUUUAGAAUUAUCUUUCUUACAACGUGGCAAUACAAUAUACUUUCAAUGUCUUACAGUUUCAUAAAGAAAGCAUAAAAAACAUUAUUACCUUGUAAAUAAAUAGCUUUGAAAAUCAUAA